GACACCGGAAGGGGCGGCGGCGUAAAGAUGGCGGCGCCGGGGGCGCUGGAGUCGGAUGUUCCCGGUGCCGUGGCCCUUCUGAAGAGCCUCCAGGAGCAGGUGAUGGCUGUAACUGCACAAGUACAAACACUAACAAAAAAAGUUCAGUCUGGUGCCUAUCCUACGGAGAAGGGUCUUAGCUUCUUGGAAGUGAAAGAUCAGCUGCUGCUCAUGUACCUUAUGGACCUGAGCCACCUCAUCCUUGACAAAGCCUCUGGAGGGUCUCUUCAGGGACAUGCUGCAGUUUUGAGACUGGUGGAGAUGCGCACGGUUUUGGAGAAACUUCGUCCCUUGGAUCAAAAACUAAAGUAUCAGAUUGACAAACUGGUCAAGACAGCAGUGACAGGGAGCCUCAGUGAGAAUGACCCACUUCGUUUUAAACCCCAUCCUAGCAAUAUGAUGAGCAAGUUGAGUUCUGAGGAUGAAGAGGAUGAUGAAACAGAAGAUGGCCAGUCUGAGGCUUCAGGGAAGAAAUCUACAAAAGGAGCAUCUAAGAAAUAUGUCCCGCCACGCUUGGUUCCAGUACAUUAUGAUGAAACAGAGGCUGAGCGGGAGAAAAAGCGCCUGGAACGAGCCAAGAAGCGGGCAUUGAGUAGCUCUGUCAUCCGUGAGCUCAAGGAGCAGUACUCAGAGGCGCCAGAAGAAAUCCGGGACACUCGCCACCCGCAUGCCACCCGCCAGAGUCAGGAGGACCAGCACAGGAUCCACUACGAGGAGAGCAUGAUGGUGCGCCUGAGUGUCAGCAAGCGAGAGAAGGGGCGGCGAAGGCGCGCAGGUGUCCUGAGCUCCCAGCUCCACUCCCUCACGCACUUCAGCGACAUCAGCGCGCUGACCGGAGGCACCGCGCACCCCGACGAGGACCAGAAUCCCGUGAAGAAGCGGAAGAAGAUACCCAAGAAAGGUCGGAAGAAGAAAGGUUUUCGAAGGCGGCGGUGAUUACAGGUGUCCAUUCUUACAUUUUUUUUUUUUUUUUGGUCAUCUUGGGAUACUUCUAAUUUCACUGUAUGUAGGGUUUUCCCUUGCAAUUAUUUACUUUGGACACGUGGAAAGACUUUUUACUAAUAAAGUUGAUUUUACC